ACUAUUCCAGCUGUUGUUAGAGACAGUGCAGAUGUCGUGUUGAUUCUCGGCAGUGUGGCGCUCGCGCUGCUUUCAGGAUGCUGUACAUGCACGCUGUAGCCGCUCUGCUCGCCUUAUCGUGCUUCCUGAAGGAGACUGAGGCCUGGGGAUACAAGAAUGGAAUUCUUCACAACUCCAUUUGGCUUGAACAAGCAGCUGGAGUGUACCACCGGGAAUCUCGCAAAGGGAGAUACCAGCUGACGUAUAAGGAGGCCAAAGCUGUGUGCAAGUUUGAGGGGGGUUCACUAGCCACUUAUGAUCAACUUGAAGCUGCCAGACAAAUAGGCUUUCAUGUGUGUGCAGCUGGAUGGUUUGAUAAAGGCCGUGUGGGAUAUCCCAUCGUGAAAGCAGGAGCCAGUUGCGGAUAUGGAAAGGUUGGAAUUAUCGAUUAUGGUUAUCGACUAAACAAAAGUGAGAAGUGGGAUGUCUACUGCUACAAUCCUAAUUCAAAAGAGUGUGGAGGUGUGCAUACAGACCAGGAGAAGAUUCUGCAGUCACCAGGCUUUCCAGAUGAGUAUCCUGAUGAGCAGAUCUGCUAUUGGCACAUUCGUGUGCGCUACGGCCAGAGGAUUCGUCUGCAGUUCCUCGAAUUCGAUGUUGAGGAUGAUGUAGACUGCAUCAGUGAUUAUCUGGAGAUCUAUGACAGUUAUGAUGAUGUCUCAGGUUUUGCUGGAAGGUACUGUGGAGAUGAACUACCUGAAGACUUUCUUAGCACAGGUAAUGUUAUGACACUAAAGUUCCUUGCCGAUUCAUCUGUGUCUGCCGGAGGUUUCAGGCUACAAUACACUGCUAUUGAUUCAUCUCUGCUCUCUGACAAUGACACAAGCGCUUACACUUGACCACUUCUUAAGUAGAUGAUGUUUUUAUCAGUGAAUUGUUUAGGUAAUAUGUUUACACAAUUGUAAUCCACCAUUUAAAGAAAUGUAUAGGACUGUAUUAAACUUCUUUUGUACUUCA